UCAAUGGAUUAUCAAUCGUGUUUCCACAACCGAUCAUCAUGAAAGUGUUCAUUGUUCUGGCUCUAGCUAUUGCCUCCGUCUCCGCUGGCGUCAUGCCACAGGAUGUCCCAAUGCAUCCUCGUGACAUGCCCGCAAAGCCCUCAAUCGAGGGUCGCAUCACCAACGGCUACAACGCCCUGGAGGGUCAGUUCCCAUAUCAGGUGGGACUAAGCUUCUCCAGCUCCAGCGGUGGCUGGUGGUGCGGUGGCUCCAUCAUUUCCAACCAGUGGGUGCUGACUGCUGCUCACUGCACCUCCGGUGCCCAAUCUGUGACCGCCUACUUCGGUGCCGUCAUGCGCACCAACGCGAAGCUCACUUACACUGUUAGCAGCGCCAACUUUAGACAGCACGCCAGCUACAACCCGAGCACACUUGCCAACGACAUCUCUCUGAUCCAAACACCUGCUGUGGGCUUCACCUACUACAUCAACAAGGUCGCUUUGCCAGCUUUGGCGAACAGCUACUCCACCUAUGCCGGCCAGAGAGCUAUCGCCUCCGGCUGGGGAAAGACCUCCGAUGCAGCAGCCGGUGUUACCAACUACCUGCAGUAUCAGACCUACGAUAUUAUAUCCGUCGAUCAAUGCCAACGCACUUACGGCAGUGCAGUUGCCAGCAAGAAUGUUCUUUGCAUUGCCACCCCCAACAAGAGUUCCACUUGCCAGGGCGACUCUGGUGGCCCAUUGGUGUUGGUCAGCAACGGAGUUCUGGUUGGUGUUACCUCAUAUGUGUCUAGCGCUGGUUGCCAGUCUGGUGCUCCAUCUGGCUUCACACGUGUGACUAGCUACUUGGAUUGGAUCAGGAGCUACACUGGCAUUUACUAUGCAUAAAUUCACUUUCAACGAAAUUAUAACUCAAAAUAAAAUGCAAUUAUAAAAUAAC